AUGCAUCUCCUAUCAAUUAUCCCACAUCCAUCUCUUGAAUUCUGUACUAACACGAAUUUGGUAGAUUCUCAAAUCGUUGUUGGUGAUGAAAUGACGAGCAACCAAGCUAUGUCUCAAUGCACCAAGCCUAGGCAGAAUCCCACUGCCGACCUUUGCCAAAGCUCUGUCCAGGUUGUCAACCGCCCUCCCGCUACAAAUGCUAUCCAGGAUAUUCAGCCAGGCCCUGUUGACAGCCCAGACACCAUCCAAGAGUCUCUGCAACACAUGAGGAUUGUGCCAGCUAAUAAAAGCAUGGAAACAAAGCUUUCGCCGAUCACACUCGAACACAGGACAGAGAGAGAACGCGUUUUCACUAUUUUCUCUUCCCUCCCUAAGGAAUUACAGCUCCAAAUAUGGAAAGAAGCAAUCUUCAAAGAUGACCUCGGCCAUGUCACCGAAGUGUUUUACGUUUCCGAUUCAAAAACAGCACAACCAAAUCCUCGAUUCGUUCCAAACAGGCACCCCUCUCCCCUCUUUUUCACCUGUCGAGUCUCACGUGAGGUGGCCCUCGGAGAAUUCAAUGCUCUUUUUUUGCAAUAUGGAUACAAAGAUCUCCGCGCUCCAUCUAUACCCGUCUACUCUCGGUGCUCUGAUGUCAUUUAUCUUCAAUACAAGUCUGUAACCAAUCGCUCCCGCGACUUUACGCAAAAUGCUCUUGAUGCACCAUAUAUUGUCCUCAAUGCCGUCAACCAAGGUAUCACGAAGCUUGCAGUCAACCUAUGUUAUUGGUCCUGCCAGGCAUUGCUACGAGAAUUUGAUAUCUUCAAGAAGCUCAAUCAUUUGUAUAUUGUGGUUGAGGAUCCGGACGGUGCUGAGCCGCAUCGUUACAACACAGGUCAUGUUCCUAAGGGAAGACGCUUGUAUAUGUGCAAAGAGCUUCUGGAGCCUAGAAAUAUUUCCUUGGAAGAAAGUCAGAUACUUCCCACAUUGAAACAGAUCUUUGCACAUAUGCAAAAGGACGACCCGGAAUGGGUGCCACCAACUGUGGAGGUGGUGGGCAUGAGGGAAUUGUAG